UGUCUUUUCUCUGCUGCUUCUUUAAUCUUCUUCUUUCCUCUAUUUUGCACUAUUUUAAGUAAGGUGGAGAAAGAAAAGGUUCCAUGAAGUUGUGAUUUAUUCAUCAUAUCAAACAGUUUGAAGAAAGUGAAAUAAUACAGAGAAAUCUCAAAUUUUAAGUAAACAUAAUUAAUGGUGCGAAAGUAAUCAGUCGUAAAGUAUUUAUUGUACGGCCAGUGCAAAAGUUUAUGAAGGUUUGAAUGUCAGUAGCUGAGUUUCUCCAUUCUCAACUGUGCUCCGUGGCAAGGCAGAGCCCGUGCCUGGCGAAGAAGAUUCAUGGACAAAUCAUAAAAGCUGGUCUCAACCAACACGAACCCAUCCCCAACACACUUUUAGAUGCAUAUGGCAAGUGUGGUCUCGUAGAAGACGCAAUCCAACUGUUCGACGCAUUGCCCCGCCGAAACCCAGUCGCAUGGGCCUCCCUUCUCACCGCCUGCAAUCUCGCCAACCGCCCUCGCCGUGCCCUCUCCAUCUCACGCUCCCUUCUCGCUGCAGGCUUCCACCCCGACCACUUCGUCUUCGCCUCCCUCGUCAAAGCUUGUUCUAACUUGGGUUGUCUUCACGUGAAACAAGGGAAACAAGUGCAUGUUCGCUUCUUCCUCUCACCAUUCUCCGAUGAUGACGUUGUCAAGUCAUCUUUGGUCGACAUGUACGCGAAAUUCGGGUUGCCCGAUUACGGGCGUGCCGUUUUCGACUCCAUUUCUUCGUUGAAUUCGAUUUCUUGGACUGCCAUGAUAUCUGGGUAUGCGCGAAGUGGGCGAAAGUUGGAGGCUUUUCAACUGUUUCGUCAAACGCCGUAUCGGAACUUGUUUGCUUGGACUGCUUUGAUUUCCGGGUUGGUCCAGAGUGGGAAUGGAUUUGAGGCUUUGAACAUGUUUGUUGAAAUGCGGUAUGAUGGGGUCAGUGUAACAGACCCGUUGGUUCUUUCCAGUGUGGUUGGUGCUUGUGCUAAUUUAGCUCUUUGGGAGCUGGGUAAACAGAUGCACGGUCUGGUUAUAGCCCUUGGCUAUGGGUCUUGCUUGUUUAUAAGCAAUGCACUUGUAGAUAUGUAUGCCAAAUGCAGUGACCUUGUUGCUGCAAAGUAUAUCUUCUGGGACAUGUGCAGAAAGGAUGUGGUUUCUUGGACUUCCAUAAUUGUUGGCAGUGCCCAACAUGGACAGGCUGAGGAGGCUCUGAGUCUGUAUGAUGGCAUGGUUUUGGCUGGGGUUAAGCCAAAUGAGGUGACCUUUGUAGGGUUGAUUCAUGCAUGUAGCCAUGCUGGCCUGGUUAGCAAGGGCAGGGCUUUGUUCAGGUCUAUGGUUGAAGAUUAUGGAAUUGAACCCUCUCUUCAGCACUAUACUUGUUUGCUAGAUCUUUUUAGUCGAUCAGGGCACCUUCAUGAGGCUGAGAGUCUCAUUAGAACUAUGCCAGUCAGCCCUGAUGAACCCACUUGGGCUGCUUUGCUUAGUGCUUGCAAGCGGCAUGGUAACACCCAGAUGGCAGUUAGGAUUGCUGAUCAUCUAUUAAAUUUAAAACCAGAAGAACCCUCUUCUUAUAUAUUGUUAUCUAACGUAUAUGCCGGAGCUGGUAUAUGGGAGAAUGUUUCAAAAGUGAGAAAGUUAAUGAUGGUGAUGGAAGUAAAAAAGGAACCAGGUUAUAGCUGCGUCGACUUGGGAAAGGAAAGCCAUGUGUUUUAUGCUGGAGAGACUUCUCACCCAAUGAAGAAUGAGAUUAUAGGUUUAAUUAGGGAGUUGGAUGCAGAGAUGAGGAAAAGGGGUUAUACUCCUGAUACCAGCUCGGUUUUACAUGACAUGGAUCAACAAGAGAAGGAAAGACAACUUUUCUGGCACAGUGAGAGGUUGGCUGUGGCUUAUGGGCUUCUAAAGGCUGUUCCAGGGACUAUAAUACGUAUAGUGAAAAAUCUUCGUGUUUGUGGAGAUUGUCAUACUGUUCUGAAACUCAUCAGCACUAUAACAAAUAGGGAAAUUUAUGUCCGAGAUGCAAAAAGAUAUCACCAUUUUAAAGAUGGGAAUUGUUCUUGCAAUGACUUCUGGUGACUUGCGAAUUCUGAUUUAAAUUUCCACAAAUUUAGUGAGUUAUUGUUUGAAAGUUUAAGACUUGCAAGUAUGAAGAUUUUCUGGGGAAGCACCAAAACAUAGUAGAACACAGAAGUUGGAGUUUGUUGCUUCCUGAUUAACUAGGAUCGAUUCUCAUAGCGCUAAUCAAAGCACGCUGAUACUGAUUUUUAGCCCUUAAGCAAUAAUCUUUCUCUAUUGUUAUUUCGACGCCACUUCACCUGUAAACUGCUACUUAACUAUGAGUAAGUUGAAUUUGGGAGUGUUGAAAAGCAUAACAGCUAUUUGAGUUGA